AUGGCGUCGGGCAUUAGGCGAAAGCCAAUUCCUGCCCCAGUUCCUUACGAUGAUUCUGGUGUUACACGUGGUGUGACGUCCGUCCCCACUCCACCCCCUGAAUAUAACGGCCAUCACAUCCAUGCGUCACCAACGACUUCCGCGCGACCUCUCCCUCGAUAUCCAAGCCAGCCUCAGUUGCGCACUCCGUCUCCUUCGAGAAACCUUCCUCCGUCGUUGACCCCUGGAUCGAAUCAUUCUCUGCCGCGAUAUCCCAGCACUGUCGAUAUUCGUCCCUCAACUGCACACAACCUCCAACCCCCGUUAACGCCUGCCUACAGCCCGCAAACGCCACCAAGAUACCCCAGCAUUCCCGACCUUAGAGCCCCCAAUGUUUCUGAUAGUUCCUAUCGACCAUCGACAUCAAGUGGUCCCUCUCACAUGCAUUCUCAGUAUCCAACCCAACCCGUGCUCUGCUCCUCCAAGUCUUCAAACAACCUCCGUCCGCCAUUAACCUCCACCGUCUCCGCUCAAACGCUGCCUCGAUACCCCAAUCCUGAGACUCUCACACCCAAUCCCUCCAACCCACCUGUCCAACGCGCUGCCACCGAUGUCCUUCCAUCAAGCACACCACCCCGUUCAGCCACAUCUGCGACAUCCGAGCCUUCCGCCGUUCAAAAAGCCUACGGCGAAGCGCGCCAUUUCCUCGGCGGCCUUAUCGCCCACCCCACCGAAUCAACCAAACACUACACCAUCCUCCGGCACUCCCACGGCAUCGUCUUCUACCGCGGCAGCACCACUUCCGUCACGCUCUCCAUUUUCUCCGAUGCCCCCCUUCCCCCCGACCGAACCCUCUGGCUCCAAAGCAAAGGCUGGACCGGCAAGACCGGCAUGCGCACCAAGGCCCUCCUCCGUCUCAACGACGACUGGAUCAACGUGACCCCCACCCUGGCCCUGCACGCCGACCAGGUGCCCCCAGCCGACGAACGCGCCUGGCAGCGCGACAUCGACAAAUUUCGUCGCAAGAACACCUCCAAUAAACUUCGCUCCCAUGUCCUCCGCGAGACCGUCGUCGCCCGCAUCCCUGCCGAAGCGGGGGACGGAUAUUUCCAGCUCGUGCUCUGCGGGCCCAAGAAGAAGGUCCUCUGCGGGAGUCCCGUCUUUCGUGUCCUUUCAACCUCGCUCAGCCCAAGCUCCGUCCGCGGCGCGAGUCUCAGCACUCUGCCACUGGAAAUGGGCGCCAUGGUCCUCGGUCUCUACGCCCAGGCCACAGCCAACAGAGUCAUCGGGCCCGCUGCCGCAGUCAUCCAGUCAAAAGUCGACACCUACUCCCCAAACCCGAUCAAGAAGUACGCCGCCGAAAAGGCCAUCACCGUCAGCGGCGUCGGAAACCACGUCGCCGGCAUGAUCAAAGGGGCGCCAGAAACUGCGAACGCACAACUGCAGGGACAGUUCCAGCCUACCGAAUCACUCGAUUUAGGUCCCCAGGCCCCGUUUCCGAUGGACUUCAAAGCCCGAGGCACUUCAUCCCCAUCCCCCCCUUUAUCGUCGGCAGAAACAACCGACGACCGAUACUCUCUCUCCAAAGUCCCCGAUUCCAUCACCGAUCAUCUUCAAGGUAUCUUCUUCGGCUGGGCCCGGUUCCUCGAUUCCAAGAUUCAGAACCAUCCUCAGCAAUGGUCCCAAGCCAUCAUCUCAAUUCAGUCCCUCGACCCUACCCUCCAAACCCGCGUCAACAUCUCCCAGACCCUCCGCAAAACCGUUUCUCUUCGUCUGUUGGACGUUGAAUACGAUCACCCACCAUCGCCACCUCUUUCACACCCACAAACCCAGCUCCAAACCUAUACGCCCCAAGCACCAACCCAGACACAAACCUCUACCUCUAUUUCAACACCACCACCCCAACAACAAUCCAAAUUACAAAUCCUUAUCCUCGGCUUCCUCCGCCAAAACCUUCCCCCUCCCACCGCAAACACCGAAAAAGACCUCCUCAUAGCCCGCGAACAAGCCACCGAAGCGACCCUGUUAGCUGAAGCCUGCGACGCGACAUAUGCACAAAACAUCCUAGAUCAUCCGGCUUGGGGUCCAGAUGGCAUACCUAGCCUUAGCAAUGGGGAUGGGGUUAGGUCUGGUCCUGGUCCUGGUCCUGGAGGAUAUAAUAACGGGACGUGGAUGGAGAAGACUCGAGGGGGAGUUCAAGGGGCUGUGGCGAAGGGGCAGAAGAUGGUUGAAAAUGUGCCCUUGCAUUGGAUCGGGGUGAGGUCUACGGCGGCGGAGAUCAGGGAUCGGGGGGUUGAAGGGAGGGGGUUUUUUGUUGUGCGGUAG